CUCAGACAUUCGAGCCAUCCAAGGCAACUGGGCCACCUGGACAUCAUGGGCAUCACCUCGGAAUAUGCAGUUGUCUACAAGCCUGACAGCAUACCUUCAUCUAAGCAGGACUCCGUCCGCGGCCUUCGACUCGAGUCUCGCGGGAUCAAGUUCGUCCGGGUCCAAUUCGUUGACUACACGAACACUGUACGCUUUCGCAUUUUACCCAUCACAUACUUCAAGCGAGUAUGCGAGACGUUGCGGCCAGGCGUUCUCUUUGACCUCUCUCUACUCGGCACAGUAGAGGGCGACAUCGCGGAGUCAUUCAGCACGGAGGCCGCAAGCCUGUACGCAAUCGACUUCAGUAGUUUCCGUGCAUGUCCGUACGCCCCGGGACAUGCUACAAUCAUGGGCUGGUUCCAAAUGAAAACGGCAUCACCCACGGGCAGCUUAACGAUCCCAUUCUGUCCAAGGACGCUCCUGGAAAGCAUCGUAACCGAGGCCAAGUUGAAAGCAGGCCUAACCUUCCUGGCAGGCUUCGAAACCGAGUUCACCCUCCUCAGGUUACAAGACGCGUCAACACAAUCCGCCCCUGUAAAUCGAGCGGGAUGGGGAGCUUCAUCGGGCCAUCGGUCGGGCACUGUGGAGAAGACGGGGCUCGAGGAGAUCGUUGAGAACCUGCUGGAUGUCGGCGUCGAGGUUCAAGCACUGCACGGGGGCGCAGCUCCGGGUCAGUACGAGCUUGUGAUGGGGCCGUCGACGCCCUUGGAAGCCGCAGAUACGCUUGUGCAUACGCGUGAGACGUUCUACAACGUCGCGAGCAAACAUGGGCUCCGUGCGACGUUUGCAGCUAAGUUGCACACCAAUUCCCGUCAGUCUCCAGACAUUCUGCUCACCAUCGACCACGUCACUCACCUCCUUCGCAGGCAGCGUCGGCACUCAUCUGCACAUAUCCCUGCAUACCAACAAGGCCGAGGCAACCUCGAGCCAAGAACGUGCCGCCGCAAUCGCACCUACGCUCACGCCCACGGACGCUCCUUCCUCCAAACGCUCGUCGAGCACAUCCCCGCCCUGAGUGCAAUCAACCUGCCCAUCGCCGCCUCGUACGAACGCGCCCGGGACGGCGAACCACCGGCCAACGCGUAUGCGAGCUGGAGCAGCAGCCGUAAAGACGUCCCCGUGCGGUUAUGCGGGGACCGAGGCGCGCAUCACAUCGAAGUGCGGACUAUCGACGGGACGUCGAAUCCCUACUUGGUCUUGGCUGGCGUUCUGGCGGCAGGGUUACUAGGUGUUUUCAGCGGUGCAAAACUGACCUUUGGGGACUGCUUGCCACGCACGUUAUGCGAUGCGAGGAGGUUGUUACAGGAAGACGGUGCUCUGAGGGAGAAGUUGGGCGAGGAAUUCGUUUCUCGGUUUCUGUCAGCGAAUGAGUCGCUUGAGCGGGUCAUGACGCAGUCUACGGAGGGCGACAACUUCGCGCAUAUGUUCGAGCGCUAUUAG